CUGGCCAAGCUGGGAAGAAAGAAGAAAGGGAGGGGAGGGGAGAUCGAGGACGGCCGGCCUAGGCAGGCCAAGAAUGCAAUUUCCCCCGUGGCGGGAGCUGGGAGACCCUUGUGCUUGGACGGGACAGGGUCGGGGGACACGCAGGAUGCGCCCCUGGACCACCGGCACCUUCUUGCUGACAGUGUACACCAUCUUCUCGAAGGUGCACUCUGAUCGCGAUGUGUACCCAUCUGCUGGUGUCCUCUUUGUUCAUGUUUUGGAAAGAGAGUCUUUUAAGGGAGAAUUUCCACCUUACCCCAAACCUGGCGAGAUUAGUAAUGAUCCCAUAACAUUUAACACAAAUUUAAUGGGUUAUCCAGACCGACCUGGAUGGCUUCGAUAUAUCCAAAGGACACCGUAUAGUGAUGGAGUCCUGUAUGGGUCUCCGACAGCUGAAAAUGUGGGGAAACCAACAAUCAUUGAGAUAACUGCCUACAAUAGGCGUACCUUUGAGACUGCAAGGCAUAAUCUGAUAAUUAAUAUAAUGUCAGCAGAAGAUUUCCCAUUACCAUAUCAAGCAGAAUUCUUCAUUAAAAAUAUGAAUGUAGAAGAAAUGCUGGCCAGCGAGGUUCUCGGAGACUUCCUCGGGGCGGUGAAAAAUGUGUGGCAGCCGGAGCGUCUGAAUGCCAUAAACAUCACGUCGGCCCUGGACCGGGGCGGCAGGGUUCCGCUCCCUAUCAACGACAUGAAGGAGGGCGUGUAUGUCAUGGUUGGUGCAGAUGUCCCAUUUUCUUCUUGUUUACGGGAAGUGGAAAACCCACAGAAUCAAUUAAGAUGCAGUCAAGAAAUGGAGCCUGUAAUCACAUGUGAUAAAAAAUUUCGUUCUCAAUUUUACAUUGACUGGUGCAAAAUUUCGCUGGUUGAUAAAACAAAGCAAGUGUCCACCUUUCAGGAAGUGAUUCGCGGAGAGGGGAUUUUACCUGAUGGUGGAGAGUACAAACCCCCUUCCGAUUCUUUGAAAAGCAGAGACUAUUACACGGAUUUCCUAAUUACAUUGGCUGUGCCCUCGGCAGUAGCAUUGGUCCUUUUUCUAAUACUUGCUUAUAUCAUGUGCUGCCGACGGGAAGGCGUGGAAAAGAGAAACAUGCAAACACCAGACAUCCAACUGGUCCAUCAUAGUGCUAUUCAGAAAUCUACCAAAGAACUUCGUGACAUGUCCAAGAAUAGAGAGAUAGCCUGGCCCCUGUCAACGCUUCCUGUGUUCCACCCUGUGACAGGGGAAAUCAUACCUCCUCUCCACGCAGACAGCUAUGAGAGCACUAACAUGCCAUUGAUGCAAACACAGCAGAACUUGCCACAUCAGACUCAGAUUCCCCAACAGCAGACUACAGGAGAUUUUCGUUUGACAACUUUUCAAAGAUUUGAGGUAAAUGGUAUCCCUGAAGAAAGAAAACUGACCGAAGCAAUGAAUUUGUAAUCAGACAAUAUAGCCGUUAUAGCUUAUUUCUUCUCUCUUCCAUAAUGCAUGAGCUUUUCUGGCAUAUGGUAUGCAUGUUGACAGUAUUAAGUAUAUACCAAAUAAUUCAAUAUAGCUUUCAUUUUACUAAUGUAUUUCUUUUGUACUUAAAGCAUUUUUGACAGUUUGUAAAACAUCGAUGACUUUAUAUUUGUUACAAUAAAAAGUGAUCUUUAAAAUAAAUAUUAUUAA